AUGUACUUGGCAAAUAUUCAAGUCUUUAGUUUUAUUCUUUUCAUUUGUAAUAUAUCAUCAAAAAGUAUAAGUUUUAGUUAUCGUUCAUGUUUACCAAAUAUUGAUUUAAUUCAUAUUGAACAUAUUCAUUCAUUGAACAGUCAACAAAUUCAAUUAAUUACAAGAGAUUUUCAUUUACAUAUUAUAUAUCGAUAUAAAAAAGAAAAAUAUCAAUUUAAAUUUGGUAAUUUUAAUAUAUUAUUAGGAAAUUUAUCAAAUAUUGAUUAUCAAUAUCAAUCAGCAAUUAAUUAUUAUCAUCAAAUUGAUACAUGGAAUUAUGUUAAUCUUACAUUUAAUGAUAAUUUAUCACGUAUAUUUAUAUCAUUUAAUAAUGAUGAAACACGAAUAAUACCUUUAAUUGAUUAUCCAUUAGUAUUUCAAAAUCAAACAAUUGAAACAAAAUUAAAUGUACAAAUACUUGUUAAUGAACAAGAUAAAAAUGUUACAUGUUUAUUACCAUAUACAGGUUUUGAUAUAAAUCAGUAUAGUUAUUUAAAUUCUUGUAUAACAAAUAUUAAAACUUGUGAACAUCGCAUAUGUACAUCAUCGAAUAAUGUUGAACAGUAUUGUCCACUUUUUAAAAUAUUUGAUUGUUAUCCAUUUACUGAUUUAAAAUGUGGUUUAACACCAAUACCUGUUCGUUGUACGAAUAAUCAUUGUCAAAAUCAAGGAUUUUGUUAUGUUGAUAUAUUAAAAAAUGCUUCUCAAUGUGUUUGUCCAUUUGGAUUUGCGGGUGAUCAAUGUCAAUAUGAUAUUAAUGAAUGUCAAUCAAAUCCUUGUCCAAAUCAGAGUAAAUGUAUUGAUUUACCAAAUGGUUAUACAUGUAUUUGUGAACCUGGUUGGACUGGAAUUGAUUGUUUAGAAGAUAUUGAUGAAUGUAAAAUAAUACAACCAUGUAAAGCAGCACGAAAUUGUAUUAAUCAACCUGGAUCAUAUAAAUGUGAAUGUCUUGAUAGUUUUACUGGAAUAAAUUGUGAAAUGACACUUGAUCCAUGUCUAUCUCAGCCAUGUCUAAAUAAUGCAACGAAAUGUCAUUCAAUACUUGAUCGUGAUAAUGUUCUUUAUCAUUGUACAUGCCAAUCAGGUUUUACAGGUCAUCAUUGUGAAACAAAUAUAAAUGAUUGUGAAGGUAUAAUAUGUCAAAAAAAUAAUACACAAUGUAUUGAUGGUAUUAAUUCAUUUCAUUGUGAAUGUAGAUCUAAUUUUAAACGAAAUUGGGAUGGUUCAUGUGUUGAACAAAAUCCUUGUGAUUCAUCACCAUGCCAUCAAAAUGCCACUUGUUAUAAUUUAAAUGGUGGUCAAUAUCGUUGUAUGUGUCCACCAACUUAUACAGGUAUUCGUUGUGAUGAAGAUAUUGAUGAAUGUCGUGUAUUUCCAUUCAUAUGUCGAAAUGGAGGAACAUGUGUAAAUGAAAUUGGUUCAUAUCGAUGUUAUUGUGGAUUAGGUUGGUUUGGUUCAACAUGUGCUAAAUCAAUUGAUUAUUGUCUUUCUCAACCAUGCAAUCGAAAUGGAACAUGCAUUAAUAAAAUAAAUGGAUUUGAAUGUCGUUGUUUAUCACCAUAUACAGGUAAUGUAUGUCAAUAUGAUAUUGAUGAAUGUUUAAUAGAACCAUGUGUAAAUAAUGGUACAUGUUAUAAUUAUGUUGGUGGUUUUCAUUGUCGUUGUUCGAUAGGUUAUUUUGGUUUUCAUUGUGAAUAUCCACCAUCAGAAUGUGAACGUUUACAAAAAGCAAGUUUUUCUGUUAAAUGUAAUGAUCCUCAUUUAUGUAUUGUUAAUGAUACGGAAAAAUUACGACAGUUAAAUCAAUUAACAACAUAUACAUGUCGAACAGAACGAGAUCGAAUAUUAGAUAAUUAUUUUACAUGUACUAGUGAACGAAAAUUUAACUAUUGUCCUUGUCCUUCACGUAAGAUAAAAUGACUUUUUUUUUUU